GGCGGGGGGAACCGGGCGGUGGGGCCGCCUCGGGGCGGGAGCCCGCAGACGGGAACGAGGGGUCAGCGUCGCACCCCGCGGGCACCCGCCGGCACGGGCUGCGGGCGGGUCCUGGCGGGCGUAAGGUCGGACACCGCCGAGCUCUGCCGCCGUCUCUCUCCUCGGCCGGGGCGCGGACCGCCGCUCCCGGGGUCGGUGCACCGGCAAACAGGCCUGGGGUUGCCGGUUUGCGGAGAACGUCUUCACUUGUAAGGAGUAGAGGCUCCCGGUGCCGGUAACCGGCAAGGUAAGAGGGGCCGGGACAGCACGGCAGGGCGAGCGGGCGGGAGCUGGUUUUUCCCUCCGUCCUCCGGUGCUGCCAGGGGUUUGGCGGCAGCCGAUAACCGAGCCGGUGUAGCUGCGGUGGGAGAUAAGCCUGAGCGUGGAACGGUUCGAAAUUGGGCAUCUGAAGACCAACUGGGAGCUGCAGAUGGGACCCGUGCUUGGGCAGAUGGCCCGGAGGGUGCAGAGUGGUCCAGGAAUUUUCCCUUAUGGCACAACGGAGGGAUGGAGCUGUGCUCCACAGAGCUGGGAUGCCAUUGGAUGGGGAAGGUGUUGCCGGGAAUUGGCAGAGCCCUGAGCACUGGGUAUUGUCGCCUCUGCCACGGGAAGUUCUCCUCCAGGAGCCUGCGCAAUGCUUUUGGGAAGGUGCCGGUGAUGGGAGAGAACUCGGAGAAGCAGCACUGCGUGGAUCAGGUCUUCUUCACUGACUUCCAGCGGCUGGUCGGCGUGGCGGUGCGGCAGGACCCCAUGCUCCCCCAGUUUGUCUGCAAGAAGUGCCAUGCCCAGUUCUACAAAUGCCACAGCAUCCUCAGGACCUUCAUCCAGAGGGUGAACACAUCUCCCACAGGUCACACAAAGUCCAAAGGAAAGAGCAGCAUGGCCCAGGCCCAGCUGGGCACGGAAGGAAGUGCCUCCUGCCUGGCAGUUGACCUGAUCACAUCCAGCCUGCAGUGCCUGCACAACCUGGUGUCAUGGACGCACAGGCACGCCGAGAGCUGCACAUCGGCGCCCAGCCUGCAGAGCGUGCUCUCCUCUGAGUACUGCAGCAUCAUCCGCGCCAUCUGGGGCUGCAGCAAUGGCCAUGACUACAUCAUGGACACGGAUUCGGACUGUAGCACGGUGCUUGUCGACAGCGCCUUGUCUGUCAAACAGGACUGGAACAAGAGCACAGCACAGCACUUAACUGACAAUGGGGCAGAGGCAGACAAUGCCAAGGCUGUUUCUGCUCCCAAACCCCAGCAUGCUCCAGUAAGGACAACUCCUUGCCAGCAGCCUGCAAACAAGGGGAACACAUCAGUGCCACUGAACACGAAGAAUGAGCCACUGCAGAACAGGGAUUCAUCUCACUCACAACUGGACAGCAUGGUCUCCUUGCAGGAGGCAGCCCUGCCCCAGCCUGUGUCACCACUGAGCAGUGCCACAGGACAGUUGAGUGGGAAGCAGGUUCUGUCCACAACAUUGGAUGAGCGGGUAAAAGACGAGUUCAGUGACCUUUCUGAGGGGGACUUCUUGAGCGAUGAUGAAAACGAGAAGAGAAAUGUGCAAUCUUCAGAUGACUCCUUUGAGCCUUACCCCGAGAAGAAGAUUUCUAGCAAGAAAAGCAACAUCAAAGAAGUAAAGAAGGCAGAAGAGCCCAAAACAAGGAAGAAGCCAGGGCCUAAGCCGGGCUGGAAAAAAAAGAUCAAGUGUGAGAGGGCUCUGCUUCAUAGGGAGGAGCUGCCAACCAUUUACAAGUGUCCUUACCAGGGCUGCACAGCUGUCUACAGGGGGGCCGACGGCAUGAAGAAACACAUCAAAGAGCAUCAUGAAGAGGUACGGGAGAGGCCCUGUCCUCAUCCUGGCUGCAACAAGGUGUUCAUGAUUGACCGGUACCUACAGCGGCACGUGAAGCUCAUUCAUACAGAGGUACGUAAUUAUAUCUGUGAUGAAUGUGGGCAGACCUUUAAGCAACGCAAACACCUCUCAGUCCAUCAGAUGCGGCACUCGGGAGCAAAGCCCCUUCAGUGUGAGAUCUGUGGUUUCCAGUGCAGGCAGCGAGCUUCGCUCAAGUACCACAUGACCAAACACAAAGCUGAGACAGAGCUGGAGUUUGCCUGUGACCAGUGUGGGAAACGCUUUGAGAAGGCCCAUAACCUUAACGUCCACAUGUCCAUGGUGCACCCUCUGAUCCAGAUUCGAGACAAAGCCAAGCCACUGGAGCCAGAGCCCAUUCUCCUCCUAAAUACUUCAGGGACUUCAGAAAGCCAGGUGGUAAAGCCAGAAGUGACUGCACAGCAGGAGCCCACCUGAGGGGGAUGGGGAAGCUUUCCCAGUCCAGCCCUGUAGAAACCAUAUGGCAGAGUAGAGACUUUUAAUCUAUGUUUUAGUCUCCCAAAGAACUCAGUGGAAUUAGCUUCAGCUUGCUCAGAAAAAGCUUGUCUUCAUGCUAUGAUUAUCCAUGCUCAUGUCUGAUUCAUCAGUGUUGUACUAAGAGUCUGUCUAACCCCAGGGGAAUGGAUGUUCAGCAGCAUCCUUUCAUGGUCCCCUUUCUCCCCAUGCACACAGUUGUAGAAACAGACUGUUCCCUGCCUGCAGGAACUGCUGCUGCCUGUACAGAAGUGGCCACAUGUGGCUCUAAGAGUACACAGGACAGUGGUGUGGACUUUAAGCAGACUUUUUUUUCUGGAUUAAAAAAAAAAAAAAAGAUUCCCAAAGCCAAGUCUAAACUGAAAUUUGUAACCUACUUUUUAUUGUAAAAAAAAGCUUCAUGGUUAUGCUUGUAAUAAAUUAUUUACAAAAGUAAAGGAACAGCAGUAGCGAAGAAGGUAGCACCUUAUCUAGCCCUUCAGCCAUAGGCAGGGUGUUCUGCUGCACUUGCUGGGCCAUGCGCUGCCUACUGCCCUGCCUGUCCCUCAGAACAGGACCAGCUCUUUGUCCAGCUCCAUGGCUGCAGAAGGCCUCAAGACAUGCAGGAGGGUGGCUCCCAGCUCUGGGUCAAGUUCUUAACAGGUGGCCAGUAGCUGGGGGAGAGGGUGAAUAGCAUUAGACCUGCUCAUGUUCCUCGAAGGCCAGAGCAUCCUGCUGCUUCUCAAAAGUGCAGGUUUGUGGGAAACUUCAACACCUGCCUCUUUGCUGUGCUUGAUAAUUUCCCUCAAGACCAAGCAUUAAGCAGUGGAAGCGAGACUGUGCGAGAGCAGUGUUUAAUGUUGCUGAGAAAGAUGGAGCCUGCAGCCCAGGUGAGGGAGGACAUGGCUAUAGCAGUGGUUGAGCAGCAGCUGUCCUCCACCACUCCCAAAUGCAUUACAAAAGUGAACUGAGUGUGUCACAGGCCCAGCAGCCAGCACCAGCACAGGAACAGUGCCCAAGAAAGGCUACAUGGGCUGGGAGAAGGGGAAGGCAGGGAAUCACAACACACCAGUUGUAUAUUUCCAAGGCUUUGGUCAGGGUAUUGUGGGAUCGCACCAAGCAGGAACUGCCAGGCCAUGGAGAUCACCUCCAAGGGAUCCUCCUGGAGAACAUGGAGAAGUGACACAGCCAGUCAGAGCCAAGCACAAUGUCACUUUCAGCUCUCGGUCCCUGCCUUCAGAAGUGAAAACAGGAACCGCUAAGCCACACCUAGGGGCUGUUCACAAGUUAAGCAGAUCAAUACAGCCACCCUGAGAUCCUGUACAAGUAAGGCAGUUUUGGGCAGCAGCUUCUCUCAGCCCUAAGGCCUGAGCAAGCUGCCUGCCUGCCAAAGCAGUUGCACAAGCUCCCUUUGCCUUGUAUGGGAAGGUGGGAAGAAGGGGGAUGCUGCAAGUGGCAGGAGAAGGGAUAAAGAAUAGGAUUCGUGGUUCUCUUUCAAGACAAAAAAAAAAAA